AUGCAAAGAUAUUUUUUGACAACUGAAAAAGGUAAACAAAAAUCACCAACACCACCUGAAACUCCUAAAGAAUCAUCUUCAAGCAAAAAACAUGAAGUAAAACGUCGUAAAUAUAGAAAUAACCCUGAUCCAAAAUGGAUGGAUAAUGGUAAUAAUGCUUGGUUAGAAUACAGAGAUAUAAAUGGAAUAAUACACAUGUUUUGUAAGUGGUGUGAAGCAAAAAAAUAUACAAAUGAACUUGCAAAAGGAACUAUUAAUUAUAGAAAACAAAGUAUUGAUCGACAUCUUACUCAUCAUGAGCAUAAAGCUGAAGCUGAAGCAAGAAAACCUUAUCAAAUUAUGAAGCUUUGUGAUAUAUCUGAAGCAUUACAAUUAUCAUUACUUGCUUCAAAAAAUUUGAUAACUGAAUCAAAUGAAUAUGGAUCACAUUUAUCAAAUAUUUCUGCUAAAGAAUUUGAAGAAGCAAUUGUUUAUGUAAUUGAAAAAGCAUUACAUAAAGAAAUAAGAAAUUCAAAUAGUUGGAGUGUUAUGAUUGAUGAAACUAAUUUUAUUACAGAUAAAAAGCAUUUAGCUAUAGUGUCACGACAUAUUUCUCAUAAUGUAUCAGUUACACGAUAUAUAGGAAUGAUCAAUUUAGAAGAACUUAAUGCUGAUUCAAUUACUUCAGAUUUAAAAAAGUUUAUUCUUGCUAAAGGAUUAGAAAUUAAAGAUUUAUUACACUUUGGUAGUGAUGGAGCUGCUACAUUAAUUGGAACAAAAAGAG